UUUUUGCAGUUGACAGUGGACGGAACGGCAUCGCUCGGGGUGGUGCUUUCUUCUAGGGCUUGGCGUCUUGUAUCCGAAUCGCUGGGGAGUGAGGGUGUUGAGUUCUCGAGGGGUUCUUCAUCUUCUUCAUCUUCUUUUCCGUUGCUUGGACGAUAGACCAGCAUCAUGACCGCAGACGUCUUGCUCUGGAUCUUUGCCGUCGUUGUCGUGGUGGCUCUCCUUUUCCUCAUGGUUUACAAUCUCCUGGCCUUUGAUGAGCUGGCGCAUGAUCACAAGAACCCUAUUGACGUGUGCAACUCCCUCAACCCGCUGGUGCUGCCCGAGUACAUUGCGCAGGGUGUUCUGACGCUGUUAUUCCUCUUGACGGGCAACUGGAUGUGUGCAUUGCUGAUGGCACCUUUGACCUGUUACCAUGUCUGGCGCUACCUGAACCGCCCCAUGAUGUCUCAACCGGGCAUUUACGACAUGACCGAGAUGUUCAACCGGGAUGAAAUGCGUCACAACAACGUUGAAUCCGCCGUCAAGCUGGCUUUCUACAUGCUGACCUUUUUCUACUUUUUGUAUCGCAUGAUGUAUGCCUUGCUGGCCGAUGACGACAAGUCAACAUUUGCCUAAAGCGAUGCUCUUGAUUUUUUCUUCCCCGGGGCCGGGGACAGUCACUCACAAACCCGGUGGUGGUGGUGCUGCUGCCUGUGUUGACCAUUUUUUUUUUCCCAGCAUGCUACCUCUCUUGAUGGAAAUCAACCUAGCGCGUCGUUUUUUCGAAUGAAUUUACAUGUCAAUGCC